AUGGAAAUAAAAACACGAAAAUUGUGUAGUAAUGAAGAUAAUAUCGUGCGAUGUAGCGCUGUUGAAAAUAUAGAAAAUGUAACGUUACAAGAAAAUCAAUUUCACAGCCAACAACUUCAUAUUUAUGAACAGCGUAAUGAAUGCAUUACUCCCGAAGUUAUUCUACAUAGAGACACAGGAAUUCCUGGCGAUGGUAAUUGUCUAUUCCACUCGCUCAUAAGUGUUUUGCAACUUCAAAUUGAGAGUUGUGACUUGAGAAAUCAGUUACGCGAUUCACCCUAUUUAAACUCCUGCCACAAUCCGCAAGAAGCAUAUAACAUUCUAUCAAGUAGUAAUGAUUACGGAGAUUUGGAUUGUUUGUACUUAUUCUCUAAAAUGUACAAUCAAAAUAUUUGUGUACAUUAUUGUUUUUACAACAUAACUACAACGAAUGAAGACACUAUCUUUUGUCAUUUUAAAGCGAAUGAUACACAAAACUGGAUUCAUCUUCAUCUUCGUGAACAACAUUUCACACCUUUUUAUGAAGUAUCAGAUUUAUUUGAGACAGUACAAGACGCUACCCAAAAUGAAGCCCAUGGUGAUGCCAAUAUUGAACUAUAUCGUGAUAAUUAUGAUGAAGAUCCUACAGAAGAUAACCAUAACAAUCAUGAAAAUGAAAUUGAGAUUGAUAGAGAAGAUCGAAUUGGUGAAAAUAAUAUGGAUUUUAUUGAUGAUGGCACUAUUCCAGUUUAUACAAAUUAUCGUAAACACAGUAUAAGUCAUAUUGAUUUUUAUAACAAAUUUACGAGUAAUUUAUUCGGUCAUUCUUGUAUUAUUUGCGACAGACUAUGGUGGAAAAGAGACUUGAAAAAGUCGACCAGUAAACAUGAAAGUAUUUUGAAAACAAUAUUGCAGAAUUACAUACCUGGUGAAAUUGUUCAAGUCUGCUCUACGUGUUAUACAUCUUUGCAAAACGAAAAAUUCCUCUCAUGUCAACCUACAAUGGUUUUGCAUAUCCGAAAAUUCCAUCACAUUUACCAACGUUAA